GAGAAUGCACGUCACUCUCCACUCCAUCACUGGAUACACAGAGUUGUAGACUUUCAUUCAUCAAUUACUAGCGAGAAAAAGUUUAGCCACAUUCAUCGGAAAACUUACAACUUGGUGUACAAGUCGUGUACAAGUUCGGCCACAGUGAAACCCCGUCUCCCAAUCCCUGAUUUGUGGGCAUUUCCUUAUCCACACUCGACGCCGUCAGUACAGUCGGCUAUGGAUCUCCCGGAGCUCAAGGGUUAUUUACGCAAGAAAUCGCGUCACGAUCGCUGGCAGCGCCGUUAUUUCGAGGCCACCACACACUACUUGACCUACUAUAAGAGCCGAGAGAGCGAGAAGUUACUGGCAUGUAUCGACCUAUGGCGCACUCAGACCAUCGAUUUUAACCCCGCGGACGGCGACAAACUCGAGUUCUCCAUCGCUAUCGGCGAGCAGUCGUAUCUGCUCAAAGCCGACAGUCAAGACGACGCUGCGCGAUGGGUCAAAGGGCUCCAGGCACGGCAGUAUCGACCAGAAGGCACGCCCUCCGAGGUUUUCAGUCUACGCAGCGAGCAUAUGGACGCCGAGAGCGACGCGUCUAGCGAAUAUGGCGGUCGACGUCCUCGAAAUGCGUCGUCGGACUCAGGCAGUCACCGCUCGUCCUUGUCCAUGUCUUACGUCGAGACGCAGAAUCCUGUGGUCCCAAAUGCCGCUGCCAUUGCCAGACUCUCGCUGUCUCACGCUGACGCUCCGAAUCCUGUGGUUCCGAACGCCAAUUUGAUCGCUCGCGCGUCGUUCUCACAUGCGGAAGCUACGAACCCAGUGGUCCCGAGUGCUACUGCUAAUGCAACGACAGGAGCGAAGUAUCCUAUGGUGAAUACCAACCAGCAGGUCACGCGAUCUACAGUAGCGACAACAGCUGCAGUCAAGACAGCGGACGAAGAGAAUGCGGCCAAUGCACAGUGCUGUGCACCAUGCGUGAUCAUGUAAAAUGCGACGACGAGAUGCGAUACUAGCUCUUCGUUUUUUUCUUUCAACGGCGAUGCAGGCGGACAAAUGAUGAAACAAACGCCUUCGAGCUACUUGAAUGCUUCCUGUCCUUUCCUGCCUGCAGAGCUGCCUUUUGUAGACCGUACGAACACCACCAGGCCGAUGUCUCCGGCAUGUGGAGACUUCAUGGCUAUACAAGAUACUACAAUGGUACUAACGGAGACCGUUAUGUGGAGAGUAUGAGGUCUUCGUCAACAUUAGAGAAAAAUAGCUUCGGACACUACUCAAGCCAAGGUUUAAGUCUAGAAGUAGCGGCAGUUGGCACAACAAGAGCAAGUAGCCCCGAGCUUUUCCUUACACAAUUGAUAACAGCACGCGCGUUCAACCUGGACAUUCGUAGUUUGUG